AUGCCCUCCUUAUCCCAACAAGUCCGCUCAACCUACCGCGCUAUCCUCCGCGAACUUCCCUCCCGCCCACUCUCCCGCCCGUCCCCGCUGCACCAGCGCAUCCGCGAAGUCUUCCGCGCCCCCAUCCCCGAAACUCCAGAACCGGAACAGGCAGCGUUAGAGCGGGAGAUCCGCAUCGCGGAGGCUGCACAGUUUGCACAUUAUGCCCGUGCGCAAAGGUCGUAUGCUGCGCUUCUCGAGCGGUAUAAUCCCGGUAUGAACUUGGAUGAGGAGGAGAAGAUUAGGUUGACUGCUAGGAGGGUUGGGUUGGAUUUGCCGGUUCUUGGGAAGGAAGAGAAGUGA